ACACGACCGCGGGACGCGCCCGCAGCGCCAAGCGCAUUUGGCGGGCUCGUCGCGUUUAGACGGCGUCGUUCGUGGCUGUUCGUCUAUCGUGCUGUGUGAGAAGUGCCGAAUAUCCACGUCGCGCAAUGGCUGGCGGUAAGGCGGGCAAAGACUCUGGCAAGGCAAAGGCGAAGGCGGUCUCGCGUUCGGCUAGGGCCGGCCUGCAGUUCCCCGUAGGCAGAAUUCACAGGCAUUUGAACCGAACCACGAGUCAUGGUCGGGUAGGCGCUACUGCGGCGGUGUACAGCGCGGCCAUUUUGUUUAUUAAAUUAUUUCUUUCUGUUCAGGUAUUGGAGUUGGCGGGAAAUGCAUCAAAGGAUCUGAAAGUAAAACGUAUUACACCUAGACAUUUGCAACUUGCCAUACGUGGUGACGAAGAAUUAGAUAGUCUCAUUAAGGCAACCAUUGCAGGAGGAGGUGUUAUUCCACAUAUCCACAAAUCACUUAUCGGCAAGAAGGGUUCGCAGAAGCCAGCAUAAUUUAGCGACAAUUGACAUUGAACAUUUCAAGAUUCGUGGGCAAACGGGAGGAGGAAAGAGUUGGUCCAGUGCUUGUUAACAAAGUGUACCUAGGUUACUAAAUCGAUGGCGAGACUGGCGUGAUAUAUACAUAGAUUAUAUAUAUAUAUAGAUAUAUAAAUAAAACAGUAUAUUGAGAUAUAAUUUAAUAUAGAUAAAAAAUGAGAGUUAAAGAAAAGACAAAUGUUCAUUGACAAUUGACAAACGGACAAGACAGGGAGAAAGAGAAAGAAAAAGAAUUCUACGCCGAAUAUAAAAUUCUAGUGUGUUGCGAGCGAUGCGUUAUAGCAUGGCUCGAAAUAGCACGGCAGUCUUUGGUACAGUUUGCAAUUUAUGAACAUUGCGGAAACAGAGAGGAUACCUACAUGCCUCUUUAAUUAUCACAUUUAAUUAUUUGCUACGUUGAACGAAGUUAUCGAUUACUUUAUCAAACCGCCAUCGCUUAACUUCGUUUUGUAUUUUCACCUUUGAAUCGCCGCUGAAUCGUCAUGUGCCGCUAAAGACAGAUUUUGUUAAUUUGCUUCAGCACUAUUUUUAUUUCAUAGUUUACAAUAAGCGUCAGCGCAGUGUUGUGUUUUUUCAUUUAUUAUCUACAGUUGUAAUGUACUGUAUCGAAUUUAGUACAUACACGUUUGUCAAUGGAAUUCUGAUAUAUAACUACAAACAGUAAAAAUUUGUUAUCGUCAGAUUCAUUACGAUAAAAAAAGAAAAAAAACAAGAAAUGGCGAACAUUUAUAUGCAUAUUUCUAAUUUUCAACUUCAAAUAAUUUCAUUUGACCAAAUAUGUAUACAAGUACAUGAUAAAGUUUUUUGAUCUUCUAGAUAUUAGACAUCAAAUCUUUAUAUGUUCACAAGUUUCUUACGCUUUCCUCCUGUCAGAAUCACGAUGAUUAUUAAUAGGGUUUCGAUAAUAAUAGCAACGAUUCCAGAGUUUCAAAGUUUAAACUAUGUGACUCGAUUGUACAUAGCGUUUUUAAUUACAUACAGAAAACUCAUGUAACAUAUACAACGUAAAUGUUGAAUUCUGCGAGCUUCUGAAAUUAAAUAUGAACUGAAAUGAACUUUUCGUUUCAUAAGAUUAAGAAAUGUUCGGUUACAUUGUAAAUUUUCUGGAUAUUGCGAUCUUAAUAAUAGCGAAGACUGACUUCGAUUCUUGUAAAAUAAUCUCAAGUGGAUAUAAAAACUAUUUGAGAUACUUGAAAGUUUAUUUGCACAUGUAGGAACGUGCCGAUUUUUAUUUUCACUUUAAGCAUUUUUUCUUUCUUAUUUUAACGUUUGUCACUUCUUAUUCAUAUGAUUUAGCAUAAUUUUUAUUGUACCUACACGGUGUCGCACCACAUGUAAAACUUUCAUUUUCAUAAUAAAAUUUUUAUUAGUAAACUUUUAA